CAAUGGUUUAUGCAUAAUCAGACCUGAGUUGAAGCAAAUCGCUCCAGAGCCAAUGAGAAGGCUCUAGAAAUGUCAAAAUCCCUAACAAGUCCCCAUCCCUCCUCUCUUUCCCGAUUCUGGGUAGCCCCUCCUCCCCUACGUUCCAUUUUUCCGGCGGCUCCGUCACCACAAACACUCAGCUCCGCCUCUCUCUCUCUCCCUCUCUCUCCCUCACUAUUUUUCGGUCCGGUUAUAACGCAGCAACGAGUGAGAGAGCUGCGAUUUCUUCUUUCCGAUCGACACAGCCCUCUCUUAGCAUUCUUUUGAUUUUUCCGGCAAGACCAGCCAAGGACCGGCCGGACCAGACCUCUCCUCGCCUCUAGCACUUCUCUGGCCACUUUCCUUUUCAUUUCCGGUCAAGAUAGCGGCGGCAGUAGCUAGAUUGGAGAGUAGAUGUAGCUUCCGAUCAUUUUAACUGGAAAACUUCAAUCUCCGAUGCGUUUUACAACUGGGGUCUUGGCACAAACAUAACACAAUCAAUUGAAAUCCAAAUUCAAAGGCCUGUAAUGAGAGAUGUGGCACCCAAGCUCAGGCUGUGCCGAGCAAUAGACUCGUUAUAUAGUCACGGUCCAGCAACUCAUGAAUCCUAUACUCGCCUAGCGCUUGAUUGCUUUAGAGCCAAUGAUGUUGAUCAAGCCAAGAGAUUGCAAACCCAUAUGGAUCUUCACUUGUAUCAACCUAGUGACAGUUUCCUUCAAAAUCGUCUUCUUCACUUGUAUGCAAAAUCAGGUAAUGUCUCUAAUGCUCGAGACUUGUUUGAUAAGAUGCCCCAAAGAGAUGUUUUCUCUUGGAAUGCAAUCCUAUCUUUGUAUGCUAAAGUUGGGUUGGUUGAUGAUUUGCGGGUUAUCUUUGAUAGCAUGCCUUUUCGUGAUUCUGUAUCGUAUAAUACAGUAAUUUCGGGUUUCACGAGAAAUGGAUGUGCAAGUAAGGCAGUGGAGGCUUUUGUUAGAAUGCAAAAUGAAGGGCUCAAGCCUACAGAUUACACCCACGUGAGUGUUUUAAAUGCAUGUACACAGUUGUUGGAUUUGAGAAAAGGGAAGCAGAUUCAUGGUAGGAUCAUUACUCGAAACUUGGGUGCCAAUGUAUUUAUUUGGAAUGCUUUAAUUGAUAUGUAUGCUAAAUGUGGUGAGAUUGAUCAUGCAAGGCGGUUGUUUGAUAGACUGGGGAAUAAAAAUGUGGUGUCAUGGAAUUCAAUGAUCUAUGGGUACUUGAAAAAUGGGCAAUGUGAAAAAUGCAUAGACUUGUUUCAUGAGAUGCAGGUGCUAGGUUUGAGGCCUGACCAGUUUACUGUUUCAAAUGUUCUCUGUGCAUAUUUUCAAAGUGGAUUUACUGAUGAGGCCGGUAAGGUUUUCAAUGAGAUUAGAAAAAAAGAUAAUAUUUGUUGGACAACAAUGAUAGUCGGUUAUGUACAAAAUGGGAAAGAAGGGGAUGCUUUGAUAUUGUUUAAUGAGAUGUUGUUAGCAAAUGUCAGGCCAGAUAGUUAUACUUUCUCGAGUGUGGUUAGUUCCUGUGCCAAAUUAGCCUCACUAUUUCAUGGUCAAGCUUUUCAUGGUAAAACAUUGCUUAUGGGCAUGGAUGAGGAUUUUCUUGUGUCCACUGCUCUUAUUGACUUGUAUUGCAAAUGUGGAGUCACUAAUGAUGCUUGGGUUGUGUUUGCUAUGAUGCCAACUCGAAAUGUAGUUUCUUGGAAUGCCAUGAUUGGAGGUUUUGCACAGAAUGGAAAGGACUUAGAGGCCCUAGCUCUUUAUGAAAAGAUGUUGCAAGAAGAUAUGAAACCAGAUAAUAUUACUUUUGUGGGAGUUCUCUCCGCCUGCAUCCAUGCGGGUUUAGUUGAAGAAGGAAACAGAUAUUUUGAAUCUAUGAAUAAAUUGCAUGGACUGGUGCCUACUUUGGAUCACUUUGCAUGCAUGAUCAAUCUCCUUGGACGCUCAGGAAAUAUGGACAAAGCGAUGGACUUAAUUAGUAGUAUGCCCCAUGAGCCAAAUUCCUUAAUUUGGUCCUCUGUUUUAUCUAUUUGUUCAGUGAAGGGUGACAUCAAGCAUGGAGAGAUGGCAGCUAGCCGCCUAUUUGAAUUGGACCCACUCAAUGCUGGACCUUACAUCAUAUUGUCAAAUAUGUAUGCUGCUUGUGGAAGAUGGACUGAUGUUGCAUCCAUAAGAUCAUUGAUGAAAACUAACAAUGUUAAAAAAUUUGCAGCCUACAGUUGGAUUGAAAUUGAUGGUGAUGUUCACAAAUUUGUAGCAGAUGAUCAUACUCAUCCAGAUACAAAAACAAUCUAUGAAGAACUUGAUGGAUUGAUAAGUAAACUGCAGAAAGUUGGGUUUAUUCCUAACACAAACUGGGUUCUGCAUGAUGUUGGGGAGAAUGAGAAACGUGAAUCCAUUUAUUACCACAGUGAAAAACUCGCUCUUGCAUUUGGUUUGACAAAAAAGCAUCAUGGACCCAUAAGGAUUAUUAAGAAUAUUCGGGUUUGUGGAGACUGCCACGUCUUUAUGAAGUUUGUAUCUAAACUUAUAGAAAGGCCGAUCAUCCUGAGAGAUUCAAAUAGAUUCCAUCAUUUUAUAGCUGGAAAGUGCUCUUGCAAUGACUACUGGUGAUAUAAAGGCUAGUGAAAAUCUCUAUUUUCUAGGUUUUACUGGUGAUAUAAAGUGCACACAUCAAUAAUUAUGUUGAAUCUCUCUCUCUCUCUCUCUCUAUAUAUAUAUAUCCCUUUUAGGGUUUAUGCAGAGCAACUAAGCCACAUGUUUUGAUGAUUGAGGUCAACUAUUGCAUAAUCUUUGCCCAAAUCUUGCUGAGCAUCAGCUUCCGUCUUCCAAUGCUGAAGACAGGUUUUCUUGUUGGAGCUUUUUCUCAAGUUAGAAUCUUUAGGUAGAUUUAUUGGUUUCGCAAUUGCUGCUUUUGCGCAAAAUUUUGCAAUCUUCUUUCUGUCUUUCAAGACUGCUCCGUGUUCAGCAAUCUAAGGAAGCCACACAUGAAGUCUAUAAGCAUACUGACAGCAACUAGAAUGAGACCCGGACGCCAUCAAUGCAAUCAAUUGAGAGAUGAAAUCUAGGUGCCCUGGCCGCGCUGCUGCAGUAACCAAUUUCCGUCGGUGAAGCAACGAUCAAUGCCAUCAAUUGAGAGAUGAACUCUAGGUGCCCUGUCCGUGCUGCUCCAGUAACCAAUUUCAUCAGUGAAGCAACGAUCGAUGCCAUCAAUUGAGAGAUGAACUCUAGGUGCCCUGUCCGUGCUGCUCCAGUAACCAAUUUCAUCAGUGAAGCAACGAUCGAUGCCAUCAAUUGAGAGAUGAACUCUAGGUGCCCUGGCCGUGCUGCUCCAGUGACCAAUUUCAUCGGUGAAGCAACAAUCUAUUGAAUCAGGGUCUACCCAUGUUGCCCCUGACGAGACUGAGUUUAAGCUUCACUGCAGGAUAUGCUAUACAUUUUCUUCCCUACAAGGUUAAUGAAAUGGUCAGCGGGGGAUCUAACAGAUCAUCAAUAUUCGUUACUUUUGUUUUUAGUAAUGUUUCAAAAAUGAAAAAUAAAAAGGUACGUCGAGUCAUAGCCUAGUGAUAAGUACAUAUAUAAUCCGACAAUAGAUCCGGAUUUAAAUCUCACUCUCAAUACUCAAAAAAAAUGAAAAAUAAAAAAAGUUUGUGAUGAUUAAAGGUGUAAAUGAGUCGAGUCGAGCUUGAAAUUGCCAGAUUCGAAGCUUGGCUUGAGUUCAACUUGACCUCAGCUCAAGCUCGACUUCGGGCUUGAGUUCAACUUGAAAAAUUUUAAAUUCGAACUUGAUUUUAUUCUCUAGUAACUUAAAAUAAUAUUAUAUAUAUAAUAGUUCGAUAA